AUGGAGGAAUAUAUGGAGAAGCCAUCGGGGGAAGGCGAAAGUCAAUCCAAAAGGACGAGUUGGAGACAACAACAGCGUGCGACAGAGAGAGCAGUGGUGCGAACGAAGCUUGACGGAGCGGAAGAGGAAGCAACGUACUCGUCUAAGGGACGACGCAUUUGGAUUUUCCUGGGUUCUUUUUCUUUUCAACUUUUUAAGGUUGGCUCUAUUUUUUGUUUUUACAAGUUUUGUGUUGUUGACUUUUUUGUUUAUGAUUAUGGAGAUGCUCAUAAUGGAGGUUACAAUGUGGUAAAGAAGAUGAUGAUGGUGGUAGGUUAUUGUGUUAAUGGUUGUAUUGGUGUUGUUAAUGGUGGUGAGGAAUAG